UAUUACUUUGAAGGCAGGUUUGACAUUGUAAAAUUUGUAAAGACAGUGCAAGAAGCUGGCCUUUUUGUACAUCUGAGAAUUGGUCCUUAUGCUUGUGCUGAAUGGAAUUAUGGGGGGUUCCCAAUUUGGUUACACUUCAUUCCUGGAAUCCAGUUUCGAACAUCAAAUGACCUAUUCCAGAAUGAAAUGAAGCGUUUUGUUACGAAAAUCGUUGACUUAAUGAAGGGGGAGAAUCUCUUUGCAUCGCAAGGAGGGCCAAUAAUUCUUGCGCAGGUGGUUUCUUCCUUAUAUUGUUGGCAUGCCUUCGACAUAGAACUUCUUAUAGUUAUUUUAUUUUAUUUUUUGAAAUAUUGCACUUUGUUUUCUUAUUCUUUUAUAAACACAUGUAAUGGGUUUUAUUGUGAUCGGUUUACACCAAAUUCCCCUUCCAAGCCAAAGAUGUGGACAGAAAACUACAGUGGAUGGUUCCUUUCAUUUGGAUAUGCAGUUCCUUACCGACCUGUUGAGGACUUGGCUUUUGCUGUUGCACGCUUUUUUGAAACAGGUGGCACUUUCCAAAACUAUUAUAUGUAUUUUGGUGGCACCAAUUUUGGACGAACAGCUGGAGGUCCUUUGAUUGCAACAAGUUAUGACUAUGAUGCCCCACUUGAUGAAUAUGGUUUUAUUAGGCAGCCAAAGUUUGGGCACCUCCGUGACUUGCACCUAGCAAUAAAGCAGUGUGAAGAAUAUUUGGUCAAUGCAAAUCCAAUCCAACAGUCCCUUGGUAGGAAUUUAGAGGCACACGUCUACUACAAAACUUCCAAUGACUGCGCAGCCUUUCUUGCUAACUAUGACAGCAGUUCAGGUGCAAAUGUCACAUUUAAUGGGAAUUCAUACUUCCUUCCAGCUUGGUCUGUGAGCAUUCUUCCAGACUGCAAGAAUGUCAUUUUUAACACAGCUAAGGUUGUUUCACAAAGAACUCGUGAUGAUGUUGCACUUUCUCGCAGUACCAGUGUCAGUGAACUUUCACUGGCAUCAGUAAAAUGGAGUUGGUAUAAAGAAAAAGUGGGUAUUUGGGGUAACAACUCAUUUACCAAAUCAGAGUUAGUGGAGCAGAUAAAUACAACAAAAGAUACUAGUGAUUUUCUAUGGUAUACAACAAGUAUAAAUAUGAAUGAGAACGCUAAGCUAGGUCAGGACGUAUUUUUGCUUAUUGAAAGUUUGGGACAUGCAGCUCUUGUUUUUGUCAACAAAAAAGUAGUAGGAUUUGGUUAUGGUAAUCAUGAUGAUCCAGCCUUUUUAUUCAAGGAGGCAGUCAAUCUUGAUUCUGGAAAUAAUACGUUGGAUGUGUUGAGUAUGAUGAUUGGCUUACAGAACUAUGGGCCAUGGUAUGACAUACAAGGCGCAGGAAUUACUUCUGUCAUUCUUAGUGAUCUGAAGAAUACCAACAAGAGCCUUUCUUCCACAGAAUGGACCUAUCAGGUGGGACUUGAAGGAGAAUACCUUGGACUCGAUAAUAUAAAUCUUGCAAAUAGUUCAUUAUGGACUCAAGGGAAUGCCUUUCCAAUUAAUCAAAGUUUGAUAUGGUAUAAGUCUACAUUCGUUGCUCCUGAAGGGAAGGGUCCUUUAUCUUUGAAUCUUGCUAGCAUGGGAAAGGGUCAAGCAUGGGUUAAUGGGCAAAGUAUAGGCCGAUAUUGGCCUGCUUAUCUCUCUCCAUCAACUGGUUGCUCUGAGAACUGUGACUACAGGGGAAACUAUGAUUCAUUUAAAUGUCUGAAGUACUGUGGUGAACCUGCUCAAACAUUGUAUCAUAUCCCACGCACUUGGGUACAUUCUGGUGAGAACUUACUGGUUCUCCAUGAAGAGCUUGGUGGCGAUCCUUCAAAAAUUUCCGUGUUGACACGAACUGGGCAAGAGGUUUGUGCACACGUGUCAGAUUCUGAUCCUCUGCCAGCUGAUGCUUGGAAAUCAAAUUUGGAAUUUGUGUCUCGAAGUCCUGAAGUUCGACUGGCUUGUGAACAAGGAUGGCAAAUUACUUCAAUUGCUUUCGCAAGCUUUGGGACUCCUACAGGACAUUGUGGUGCAUUCAGUCUAGGAAGUUGUCAUAUCGAUGUGUUGUCAAUUGUUGAGCAGGCGUGCAUUGGCCAACAAGGAUGUUCAAUUUCUGUCUCAACAUCUCAGCUAGGGGACCCUUGUCCUGGAGUGUCGAAAAGCUUAGCAAUCGAAGCCCUUUGUAGCAGCUAAAUUUCCUCUUCCUACUCUUGUGCUUCGAUGUAUGAAAAUUUGAGAAUGAUGAAUCUGUGACAUGAACUUCGAUGGUUUGAUAAGUUUGAAUUGUGAUUUUCAUUUUGCAUAGUGUGGUGAAACUGGCUAGUCAAAGCUCCAAAAGUUUCACAUAGUACUUAUAAGUAUGCUGAGCUCAAAUAAAUAUAGUUCUUGUAAUUCUGUGAAGCCAAUGGCUGGUUAGUCAUUUUGUUGCAAUUAACGAACCAUAUUUAAAUAAAUCAAUUUUCAUGUGAUGGUGGGUCUCAUU